AAGGCGCUCGAGCUGAUGCUCUCGGUGCCGAGCCGGGCGGCAAACAACAAAUUCCUCGAGGGUAUCGAAGGAUUCCGAGGCAAUCUGCAGAAGCUUGGCCGGGUGCUCGCCCACGAGUACUUUGGCGUGCGGGACCGGGAGAACAAGAUCAAGGAGCGCUACCUGUUCCUCUUCAAGUCGCGCAUCCUCGUCACCAAGGUGAAGCGCCUGUCGGACGAGCGGUCGAUCUUCAUCCUCAAGGACAUCGUGCGGCUGCCGGACUGCGAGCUGCGGGAUAUCGAUACGCGCGCGUUCGAGCUGGUGCCGAAGGCGAAGGGUGCCGAUCCGGUCCAUCUGAUCGCGUACUCCGAGGAGGCGAAGCAGCGCUGGAUCUACGAGAUCAACGAGUACGCUAGCAAUGCGGUCGCGCUGCAGGAACAUUCGAACGAUGAUCUGCGGCUCGAUCCGACCCAGACGAACAUCGACGAUAGCAUCAUCAAGCUGCCGCAGCGCAUCGAAGCGCACAAGACGGAUGAAAACAUCAAGCCGUCGGACAUCGCGGACAGCUACGUGGUGUUUAAGCACAAAACUAGCCGGGAUGAGUCGCACCAGGCGCUGCAGAAGAUUCAGUAUCUGCAGCAACAGCAGCAGCAGCAUCUGCCCCAGCAGCUGGGCGAGCAAACGUCGACCGAGGAAGGCGAGGAAGAGAAGUCCGCUUCCGUGCAGGAACGGUUGGCCGCAUUCGAGGUGAAGAAAUCGGCCAAAAAGCUUGACCUAACGCACACCAAGCAGGAAAGCGUCGUUACCGCGUCGAGCGUGAUGCAGUCGGAAACGAAAUCCGCCACCGUUGCGACAUCCUCCGUUGCCGUUAAGGAGGAGCAGCACGAAUCGCAACGCUCCGUGGCCGUGAAACGUCAGCAGGCGGUGCAGCUGGAAAGCGUCACCAAGAGCAGCAAGUCGGAAAGCAAGACUGUAUCGAUCUCUUCGACCGCAUCCUCGAGCUCAUCGCAGGAAUCGAUCGCCGUUGUCGAGGGGACAGCUGAUGCGCAACAGACGCAGCAGCAGCUGCUCGAGCAGCAGAACAAAAUCAAGCAGAUUGAAUCGAAGUACGCGGCACUGAAGCAGAAGCAACUUGAGCAGAAGUCGGACAUCGUCGACGCCAAGUUCCAGAUCGUUGAGUCGAAGUUUGCCGCGCUCAAGCAGAAGCAGGAACUGUUGCUGCAGGAGCAAAAUCAGCAGCAGCAGCAGGUAACCAGCACCACUACUACCACCGUGACAAAGCAACAGCAGAGUGCACAGCAGGUACAGCAGGUUGAGGCAGUGUCAAAGAUCCAGCAGAUCGAAUCUAAAUAUGCUGCUCAGAAGCAGGAAGAGUCUGUCUCGAAGAUUCAGCAGAUCGAAUCGAAAAUUGCUGCCCGCAAGUCAUCACUCAGCGGUGCCUCUGGAGAAGAGUCGGUCAAGCUGAUCGAAUCCAAGCAAACGACCGCUGCUGUCCAAGAACAACAGCAGCAAACCGUUGUCUCUUCGGUCACGGUAGAAACGGUACAAGAGCCACUCACUAAACUUCAGCAGCUUGAAUCUAAAUACACCGCACACAUUCAGCACGCGAAGGAACUGGUAAAGGAAUCGGUAGAAACGGCCUUGACCGGUACGGCUGAAACGAAACCAGACGCACCGGAUACACCCCAAACUGAAUCACUGUCCAAGAUUCAACAAAUCGAAUCGAAGUACGCCGCGCUUAAGGCACGCCAGCAGCAGCAACUGCAGGAGAUGAAGACCGCCGAAACGACGACGGAAACGACUGUAACUGUAGCGCAACAAGAUCAAACCCAACAGCAAACAACCGAGGAACCUCAAUCGAAGAUUGCCCAAAUUGAGGCGAAGUAUGCGUUCAAGAGACAACAGUCACAGAACGCCGAUGACUACACCAACUCGAAGCUGCCGGUUCCGGCCAAAAAGGAAGAACAACAACUGCAAACAACUACCACCGAGCUUACCAAAACUUCCGAAGCUAAGCAAUCGGAGACGGUAGUCAAGAAGAGUGUCGAAGUUUCCAAAACUCAGGAAGCGACUAAAGUCGAACAAGUAGCAAAGGUUUCGGAAACGAAAAAGAAGAUCCCCGAAGCGAUUAAGCUUCCUGAACAAACGACCAAAACAACCAACGAUAAAGGUCCAGAUUCACCGAAAAAGGUCAAAACACCGAAAACGCCUAAAUCACCAUCGCCGAAAAAAGAGGCCGCUCCGUUUAAGGUCUCCGAGAAGUCGAAACUGGAAAAGGUGGAAAAGGUGUCGGAGGCGGCUAAAGUAGUACAGGAGGAUACGAAGAAAAUCGAGUCUGCUGCGAAAUCCACGUCGGUCAGUGCGUCCACUAAAGCUGAGCCAACCAAGCCUGCUGAACCCGCGAAGACUCCCGAACCGGUGAAGUCGGCAAAGCCUGCAGAGCCAUCGAAGCCAGCUGAACCAGUAAAGCCUGCUGAACCAGCCAAGACACCUGAGUCAGCCAAGACUGUCAAGCCAGCUGAACCAGCUAAGACACCUGAGCCUGCUAAGACUGUCAAGCCUGCUGAGCCAGCUAAGACACCUGAGCCUGCUAAGACGGUCAAGCCUGCUGAGCCAACUAAGACACCUGAGCCUGCUAAGACUGUCAAGCCUGCUGAGCCAGCUAAGACACCUGAGCCUGCUAAGACUGUCAAACCUGCUGAACCAGCUAAGACACCUGAGCCUGCUAAGACUGUCAAGCCUGCUGAACCAGCCAAGACACCUGAGUCAGCCAAGACUGUCAAGCCAGCUGAACCAGCUAAGACACCUGAGCCUGCUAAGACUGUCAAGCCUGCUGAGCCAGCUAAGACACCUGAGCCUGCCAAGACUGUCAAGCCAGCUGAACCAGCUAAGACACCUGAGCCUGCUAAGACGGUCAAGCCUGCUGAGCCAGCUAAAACACCUGAGCCAGCCAAGACGGUCAAGCCUGCUGAGCCAGCAAAGACACCUGAGCCUGCUAAGACUGUCAAGCCUGCUGAACCAGCUAAAACACCUGAGCCAGCCAAGACUGUCAAGCCAGCUGAACCAGCUAAGACACCUGAGCCAGCCAAGACUGUCAAGCCUGCUGAACCAGCAAAAACACCUGAGCCAGCCAAGACUGUCAAGCUUGCUGAACCAACUAAGACACCUGAACCAGUCAAGAAACCAGCGGAACCAGCAAAGUCGCCAGAGCCAGUUAAAGCUGAAAAACCUGCCGAGCCUUCAAAACCCGCUCCUCCAACGAAGAUUCCCGAGCCUACCAAACCAGUAAAGCCUGCAGAAACUAUUGCCAAGCCUGCCGAACAAGCUAAAGCUCCGGAACCAGCAAAGAAGGUGGAACCACCCAAGACUACUGCACCCGCAAAGGCUCCAGAACCUGUGAAAGCUCCCGAAUCGGUCAAAAAAGUGGAAACUCCAAAACCGGUGCAGGAAGCGGUAAAACCAGUGGAAUCACCAAAGAUUCCAGAAGCACCAACCAAGACGGAGGAAACGUCACGCCGUCCAGACUCACCAAAAUCGGCUAAGAAGGCAUCGUCGCCGAAGAAGGCAUCGCCACCGAAGGUAUCCGAGCCCAAGAAGGCACCGGAACCGGAAAAGAAAGCUACCGAACCGACACCGAAGCAGGCGGAAAAGAAGACUGACGCCGUCAAGGUGCAGGAAAGGAGGACUGAAACAACAACCGUGCAGAAGGCUAGUGAAAGUGUCAAGAAGGUAGAGACUGUUACGACUAGAAAAGCGGAUACCGCACGUGCAACAGGUCGUACUACACCUGCGGCGGUGUCCGACGAACCGGACGCGUCCGUCGAAGGUGUCGUUGAGCAGAAGUCGCGCGAGGAGGCACUCAACCGUAAGCUAGAGGAAAUAUACGCCCGUGAAAAGGCGGCCCUAGCGGAGGCCAAGCGUGUGCGCGAGCUCGAGGAGCAAGAGAUACGGCGCAAGUUCGAACAGCGCAGCAUCCGUGAGAUACAGCAGAUCAAGGAAACUGCCUCGGAGUUCCUGCAGCAGAUUGCUGCCACUAGGAACCUCGUACAGUCGGUACUUGAGACCAGCACCGAACCAAGACUUCCGCAAAUUAGCAAGGCGACCACCAGUGGAGAAGGCAACAAUAGCCAACCGACUGGUGCCGGUUCCGAGCAAGGUUCCAACAAUCAGUCUGCCGAUCAGGGGCAGGGUAGUGACGAACAGGGGGGAGCAUCCUCCGACCCGUCAGAGCAGUCGGCCGGUGACCAAGGCUCCGCCAACGGUGGUAACGAAGACGGUAACGACGGUAACGGACGUGAAGACAGAAAGCGAACCCCGCCACCAUUGCAGUUGCCCACGUUCUUUGAUCCUCCUCCACCGCCGGUCUAUCAGGCAACGAUUGAGGUGUUCAUCAAGAAGGAGCGUCCACCACCACCACCGCCACCCAAGAUUACCCGAAAGCUGGUCGUCAAUACGGACGAGCUAGAGCGCAAAACGCAGGCCUUCUUCGACGGUGAGAUAAACGAGCCCGAUCCGGACUUUUCGAUUGCGGCCGCCCACCGUAAGCUAAAGGGCAUCAAGAACAUCUGCAAGAAGGCGGACGAAACCGUCCUGUACGCGGAGGACACGAUCGUGAAGGCGGAACAGGGCGAGUUCGACAGUAUCGUCAUCCCGGAGCAGGAGGAAGACAAACGUCCGCGGGAACCGGUGUACGAGUAUCAGUACACGGUUGAGGAUCCGGUAACGGGCACACGCGUCUGUACGGCCGACCCGAACGUGGUGCUGAUCGAGAAAGAGCUCAGAAUGGAGGAUCAGUACGGUUCGGCGCACGCGCGCUACUCAUCUUCGCGGUUAUCCUCACGCAGGAGUCACACCACUGAAGCUCACGAGAAAGAACUAGCUGCGAUAGAGACGCGCCACGAGUCCAAGAUGUCGACGAACAACACGAAGAAGAUCCGCGUACCGACCAACAUACGGCCGCACUUCAUCAAACCGAUCCGUGGUCUCACUGUGGAGCCGGGUGAAAAUGCCAAGUUCAGCGUGCAAGUGGACGAGAUGUCCAACAUGCAAUGGUUGAAGGACAACAAACCGCUAGAUGAUCGUCUGGCCGACCGUGUGAUCACCAAGGAGAGCGACGAUCUGACGUACACGCUCGAGAUUCAGCACUGUCGCGAACAGGACAGCGGUAUCUACACCGCCCGUGCCAUCAACGGCACAGAGAAUGCCUCCUGCACAGCGCAGCUCAUCGUCGAAACGCUGACACCCGAGCAGCGCAAGGCUAUGUCGGAAUCCAACUCGCCGGUGUUCUCCAUUCAGCUGAAGGAUACCGAGGUAAUCGAGAAGACCUACCUUACCUUCAUGGUCAAGGUGAAGGGCGACCCAGCGCCGAAGGUUCGAUUCUGCAAGGAUGACAAGGAAAUCUUAGACACCGACAAGCGCAUGAAGAUCAACCGCGACCAUGCGGAGACCGGAUUCUACGAGCUGAUCAUACCGGAGGUCCACAAAGGUGACUGCGGUGUGUACUCGUGCACGGCCUGGAACAAGUUCGGCACGACCAAAACCGAAGCCCAGCUGCUCGUGGCCGACCAGCUCGAUCUGUUCUCCGAGCUCGACAACCUGGACGAUAAGACGAAGUUUGUGUGGAAGAAGAACGGCAUUGCGUUCGAUCCGGAGGAGCGCUUCAAGGUGCUGAUGGCGGAUGAUUCCGACUCGCUGGCGCUUGUCUUCCAGCACGUAAAGCCCGAAGAUGCUGGACUUUACACUUGUGUUGCCGCGACAUCCUCGGGUAACAUCCAGUGUAGCGCUGAACUCACCGUUCAGGGACAAGUGAAUCAGCUCAUGCAGGAACCAUCCAAGCCGCACCUGGAGGUCGAGUCGAAGGAAGCGUUGGCCCGAAUCGGCGGCAAAGCGCUGCUCGAGAUGAAGGUCAAGGGCUACCCGAAGCCGGAGAUCGUUUGGCGCCACGAGGGUACGAUCAUCGAGCCCGGUGGUCGGUACAAGUUCCUCUACGAGGACGCCGAGUCAGUGUCGCUCGUCAUCAAGGACGUGCAGCCGUCGGAUGCGGGCGCCUACUCGAUCGUGGCCCAAAACGAGCUCGGCGAAGACUCUACGUUCAUUAAUUUGGUUGUGAAGACGCCUCCCACCAUCACGAAACCGCACGAUAUGGCGGCGAUGGUGAAGGAACAGUACAAGAUGUCGAUCGAGGUAAAUGCUGUGCCGGCGGCAACCGUGCGCUUCUUCCGCAAUGGUAAGGAAAUCCGGGAGGACGAUCGCAUCAAGUUCCUUACGGCAGAGAACUACUACAUCAUCAAGUUUAACCACACCAUCCUGGAGGAUGCUGGCAACUAUUCGAUCAUUGCGAUGAACGAAAUCAGCCAGGCGUCCGAGUUCUGGGAGUUUACUAUCAACUCCCCACCACGAACGACCCUGCACCUGCAGGAGGAAACGGUCGUCAACGAGAAGGAGGACAUCGAGCUGGUCGUGAAGGCGGAGAGCAACCCGGCCCCGAUUGUGCGCUGGUACAAGGACGGCAAGGAGGUAGUUGCCGAUGGCAAGCGCAUCGUCAUCAUCGCGGAAGAUGGCCGCUACGUGCUGAAGAUUCACGCUGCCAACCGUGACGAUACCGCACUCUACACGGCGGACAUCAUCAACGACUUCGGCACGGUGACGGAGAAGUCACAGGUUAACGUGAGCACCAAGUCGAAGGUGCGUGAACAGCUGACCGCACUCACCUGCAAGGAGGGCGACACGGAUGUGGUGCUAGAGGUGAAGGCGGACGGCUAUCCACGCCCGAAGGUGCAGUGGUACAUUGACGACGUUGAGAUUACCGAGUCGCGCAACGAGUACAAGUUCCAGGAGGAUGGGUUGUACUAUCAGCUCGUGCUGAAGGAAGCGAAGGCCGAGCAGCAGGGCGUGUACAGGGCGAAGUUCACCAACGAGCUCGGCACGGAUGAGACGAGCGCCAAGACGACCGUGCAAUGUUCGCCCAAGGUGCGCAAACCGCUCGUCGACACGGACGUGGACGAAAACACCACGCUCACGCUGGAGGUGGAGAUCUACGCCGAGCCGGUACCGGAGGUGACAUGGUUCAAGAAUGGACAGCCGGUGCAGACCGAUGCACGGCUGACGAUCAAGCGGGAUUCGCAGCGCGUCGAGAACUACACGCUCUCGCUGACGAUGGUACGUGGUGCGGAUUCCGGCGACUAUGAGGUGCGGGCUGUCAACUCGAUGGGUACCGCGACUACCAAGGGCCUUGUCGUUGUCCAAAAGGCCAUUGUAGCGAGCCCCGGGGAGAAUGCCGAAGCCCACCGUAUGAUAAGUGAAUGUAUGAAGAUCGGUCAGCACGGUGAGACGAUCAUGGUUUCGGUGUGUACCGAGGAAAGCCACGCAGCAAUCGUAACAGGGCCCGAUGAGUCACACUCAGUGCAUCAGAUGCGCGCGACAACGGUCAUCUUCGAGGAGGACAGCGGUUCCCCGUUGGAGGUGAUGCAAAAGAUCAUCUACCCCAACAGACCGCACGCGUCCGCCCUGCACGUGGAGGAGAUUGACACGAUCACCUUCACGUCGCCCGAGCAGAAGCGACAGUAUCAGUCCCAGCUGUCGGCAACCGAAGCGUCGGCCGCAACCCGCACCGUAAUCGAGGAGAUCGAAUCGGAUGGUGAGGCAACACCGAAGGGCAAACUAUCGCGCGGCGUAUCGAUCACAUCCGCGUCGGAAGAUGAACUGCUUCUGUCGCGCCAAAACAGUCGCACCGGUGCUGAGAGUGAGCUGCCGAAACCGACAAACGCAACGCUCGAUACGAGUGAGCUUCAAAAGGAAAAUGCCUCCCAGGGAUCGUUUGACGCAAAGACGGAGAAAAUGAAAAUGGAGGACGUUCCAGAUUCCCCGCGGAAGGGUAACCUGCUCGAAGCGGGAGUAUGUGAAGAGCGAAGUGGAAAACGAAUGAUCGAAAAGAAGGUAUCCUUCGAGGAUGAACUACCCCAGCAAGGUAGAACGCUCGAGCGACGAGAGCUUAGCGAGAACGAACCAGAACACCCCGAACCGGUACAGGAGGAAGCAGUCGAGAAACGAGCCCUUGCUAGCCAGAAAGCUCUAGUGAAGGAACCGAUUAUAGACGGUACCGUUGAUGGGAACGCCGAACAAGCUGUUACGACUGUUCCACUGGAACCGGCACGCCCUGAAGCAUCGCCGGAGAUCCUGAAGACGGAUAUCGCAGACGUGACGACGUUCGACUCGCUGCCUCUGAUCUGGACGGUGGAAGCCGAUGGUAUUCCACGUCCGGAGGUGUCCUGGUACCACAACGAUGAGCUUGUGAAGGCUAGCGAUCGUAUCCGCAUCACGGAUUCGGGUACGACCUAUAAGAUCGAAAACCGCGACGUAAAGGAGGCGGAUGCUGGUGAAUGGAAGGCCGUGGUGAAGAACCGCAUUGGCGAAAAGUCGCUACCAGCGAAGCUGACCGUUAUUCCUUGCAAGGAAUAUCGUCGUCCGAAGUUCCUCAAGGGUCUGGAGAACAUUUCCGUGCACAAGAACGAACCGGUGUCGUUGACCGUUACGCUCACCUCGGAUCCGGAACCGGAGAUCACCUGGCUGCAGAACGGUGCGGAGGUUAAGGCCGACGACUACAUCCAGAUGAAGACGGAGAUCAAGGAGCUGGAGUACAAUCUGAAAGAGAUCACCUACACGCUGCACAUUGAUCAGGCCCGUCACUACGAUACCGGUGACUAUACCUUCCAGGCGAAGAACAAGUACGAUAUCAGCGAAUCGAACGGCCGGUUGGAUGUGCUGCUGAAGCCAGAGAUUGAAAACUUCCACGACACGACGGUGCUGCCGUUCACGCAGGGUGUCUUCCAGGUGCUCGUUAAGGCGAAUCCGAAACCGAAGGUAACCUGGACGAAGGAUGGUCUUAAUCUGUGCAACAAUGACAACUGCGAUGUCAUUGCCGACAUUGAGAAGGAGGUCUACACACUGGUGAUUGAAUCUUGCGCUCUUGCCGAACACGGCACCUACACGCUGACGGCUUCGAACGCCCAGGGAGAAACUGUGGCUACCGCUAAGCUCAAUGUGCAAACAUCGAAGCCCAAGUUUACCAAGGAACCAGACUGUCUGACCGUGCACGAUUGGGCCGACGUGUACAACAAGGUGCUGGUACAGGGUGUGCCACGUCCAGCGAUUCAGUGGCUGCACAACGGCACCCCGCUCGACACGCAACAGAUCGACGAGGAAUCUCAGGAACCAAAGAUCAAGAUCGUGACGUCGGGCGAUACGGAGGUGACGAGCGAGCUGUUCAUCACCCAUUUCGGGCCGGAGCUGCAGGGUGAAUACUCCUGUCUGGCAACCAGCAUCGGCGGUGAAACCGAGGCCAAGUUUAACAUUCAGGUCAAGAACGAACAGCCAGUGUUUGGCAAGGGACUGGAUCGCUCACUGGACCUCGAGGAGGACGAUCGUUUGGAGUUGCGCUGCAUCGUCGAUGGUAGCCCGCUGCCAAAGAUGACCUGGUACAAGGAUUCCAACGAAAUCAAGGCCGAUGAUCACGUUAAGAUCACCUACGGCCAUGACGGUAUCUGUCGCUUGGUGAUCGAGAACUGUCUGCCGGGUGAUAGCGGCUGCUAUAAGCUGGUGCUUUCCAACAAGAGUGGUGAUGUGACCACGCAAUGCUGUGUUGCUGUCACUCCAAAGCAAAGACCUCCGGUAUUUUUGCGUUUGCUCCAGGACCACAAGCUCACCGUUGGAGAUACGCUGCAUAUGGAGGCCGAAAUUGCGGGCUUCCCAAUGCCCGAGGUGCGCUGGUUCAAGGAUGGAUUGCCGCUGCGUCAGACGCGUGGCAUCAACUUCAUCAACCAGCCGGAUGGUCUGAUCGGUUUUAUUAUCGAUCGUGUUACGGCCGAAGAUGGUGGUAUCUACACGUGCGAGGUGAAGAACAAGAACGGUGAGGCAAAGUCUGCCUCGCUGACGGAGAUCGUACCGAAGGGCAAGAAGCCACAGUUCGUCAGUGAGCUGAUGAACGUCAACAUCAUCGAGGGCUUCCCGGUGAAGCUGAACGUCAAGGUGAUCGGCUAUCCGCAACCAUCGGUCAAGUGGACGCACAACGGUACGCUCGUAUCCGGUGACCGGUACAAGAUUACCGAAGACACGGAUGGUGCUUUCACGCUCGCGCUGGACAAAAGCAUCGGUACGGAUUGUGGCGAGUAUCAGGCCAUCGCGACGAACGAACAUGGCGAAACGAUCAGCGCUGCUACGGUAACCAUUCUGCCAACGACCGAUCCAUCACUGCCCGAGGAACCGCCCAGCUUCCUCGGAGGCCUGCGCGACAUCACGGCCGACGAGGGCAAGGAGCUCACGUUCUCGGCCCGCUUUGCCGGCAAUCCUGCGCCGGAGGUCAUCUGGACGAAGGAUGGGGAACCGUUGCAGCCGACCGGUCGUGUUUCGGUGACGUGCGACGGCAAGAGCGUUGGGCUGACAAUCAUGCCGGCGGAGAUGUCCGAUUCGGGCGAGUAUGCUUGCCUGAUGGCGAACCCGCUCGGUGAGACAGAAACCCGUGCCGCGGCGAUCGUGCGCAAGGUGUUCCAGAAGCCAAACUUUGUGUAUCCAUUCUCCGAUCUGCAGCAGUUGCCCGGGUUGGAGGCUAAGUUCCCGGCCAAGCUGGUCGGAGUGCCACGCCCAGAGAUUCAGUGGUACAAGAACGAAACGCCCAUCCAUGCGGGAGAUCGCUACAAGAUGAAGUACGAAGGUGACUGCUGCUGUCUGUACAUCAAGGAGUGCGAACCGGACGACACGGGUCUGUACUCGUGCACUGCGACCAACCGCGAAGGUAGCAGCACUAUUGAGGCUAAGCUGGAUGUCGUCACCAGGAUUGAAAAGCGCGAUGAACCAACGCCACCAUCAUUCAUGAAGAAGCUCACCGACAUGACGCUGCUGGAUGGUAUGAAGGCUAAGCUAACCGUGUGUGUUGAUGGAUUUCCAAUGCCGACGGUCGAAUGGAUCCGUGAUGGUCGUCGUCUAGUGCCGAGCGAAAAGUACCGCAUCGAGGCAGAAAGGAACGGUCUGGCAAGACUUAUUGUGGACGAUGUGCAGGAGGAAGAUCUGGGACGAUACAGCUGCAAGGCGGUGAACAAUCUCGGUGAAGCCAUCUGCCAUGCCAACCUGAAGUUCGAACCGUCCGACUACCGGCCCCGUCGUCGUUACGGCAAGGGCAAGGGUAAGGAUCUGCUGCACACGCCGCCGUAUCCACUCACGGAGAAACCAAUGAUCUCCAAGUUGUCCGAUCGCCGGCUAACGCUGUCCUGGCGCCCAUCGAUGACGACCGUGCCGCGUUAUCCGGUCACCUAUCAGCUGGAAAUGAUCGAACUACCGGACGGUGAAUGGCACACGACGCGUUCGGGUAUUCGGGGCUGUUCGUGCGAGGUCCGCAACCUGGAACCGUUCCGCGAGUACAAGUUCCGCAUCCGCGUCGAGAAUCUGUACGGUGUGAGCGAUCCGAGCCCGUACGUGCAGACGUACCGCCAGAAGCUGGAACCGGAACCGCCAGUGUUCUAUCCGUACCUUGGACCGGGCCGUGACUUCCGUCCGGACACGUCGUCGUUCUAUCCGCGCGAUUUCGACGUCGAGCGGCCGGGCCAUCGCCACCAGGCACAGGUGCCAGAGUUCCUGCGCCAGGAGAAACCCGUACAGUAUGGCACGAAGAAUCACAACGUGAGCCUGUUCUGGUUCGUUUACGGUUAUCCGAAGCCUACAAUGACGUACUACUUCAAUGAUCAGAUCAUUGAGGCGGGCGGUCGUUAUAGCUUCAGCUAUACGCGCAACGGCCAGGCCACGUUGUUCAUCAACCGGAUGACCGAUCGGGAUGUGGGCGUUUACGAGGCGGUCGCCACCAACGAGCAUGGCACCGUGCGCCAGCGUGUCUGUCUGGAGCUGGGCGAAUAUCCCAGGUUCUUGCAGCGUCCGGAAGAGGUGUUCAUUAUGGGACGCCGUUCGGGACGUGUGGAGGCAAAGAUCACCGGUGUACCAUUCCCCGACAUCAAGUGGUACAAAGAUUGGCAACCGAUUCACGAAUCCUCUCGCAUCAAGAUGAUCUUCUACGAGCCGGAUACGUGUGUGUUACUGUUGACGGAUGCGAUUAAGAAGGAUGAGGGUCUGUACUCGAUUAGCGCACGCAAUGCAAUCGGUUCCAUCAGCUCAUCCGUGACGGUGCAUGUGGAAGACAACGAGGAAGACUACGUGUACAAUGCGCACCAUCGUACGCCGUAUGUACGCGCCCGCAACAAGGUCUACCAGGACUUCUACGACCUUGGCGAUGAGAUUGGCCGCGGCACGCAGGGCAUCACGUACCAUGCGACGGACCGCUCCAACGGUCGUAACUUUGCGGCCAAGAUCAUGUACGGCAGUCCCGACCUGCGUCCGUUUAUGUUCAACGAGGUAGACAUCAUGAACAUACUGAACCACCGCAAGCUUAUCCGGCUGCACGAUGCGUACGACAUAAACCGCUCGAUCACGCUCGUGCUGGAGCUUGCUUCCGGCGGUGAGCUGGUGCGGGACAAUCUGCUCAAGUACGAUUACUACACCGAGCGCCAGAUCGCGAUCUACGUGUACCAGGUGUUGCUUGGGCUGGAGCAUAUGCAUACGCGCGGCAUCGGUCACAUGGGGCUGACGAUUAAGGAUCUCCUGAUUGCGCACCCCGGCAGCGAUAAUCUGAAGAUCUGCGACUUUGGACUGGCGCGCCGUAUUGAGGAUGACAAGCUGUACACGCUCGACUACGGCAUGCCCGAGUUCAUCGCACCGGAGGUGAUCAAUCGCUGUGGCGUUGGCCUCGGACAGGAUAUGUGGUGCGUGGGUAUCAUCACGUACAUCUUGCUCGGUGGCGUUAGUCCGUUCCUCGGUCGCAACGAUCGCGAAACGCUGACCCGCGUCAAGGAGGGCAAGUGGACGUUUAUCGGUUCGGUGUGGGAUAACAUUUCCGCGGAAGCGCGUGACUUCAUUACGCGGCUGCUGGUGUACGAGGAAAAGCACCGCAUGACGAUCCGCGAUGCGCUGAAUCACUCCUGGUUCGAUGUGAUCUACCGUCGCACGUUCGAGGAGUACCAGAUUGGUACGGAUCGGCUGCGCAGCUACUACUACCAUUACCGCGACUGGUACACGAACGCAUCCUGCCGCACGUGGUACCGCCGACGACCGCUGAUGAGCUGCUUCGACCAUCCGUCGCGCAUGGUCUACCCGCCGGGCAUUAUCUUCACGCCCGAAGGUACGCCACCGCCGAUGCAGGUCGAUGACAUCCCGCACAAGCGCAAGAAGUGGGAGGAGUACGUGUCGAAGGACAACCAUCCGGACUACGAGACCGCUUCGUUCAAGUCGGAAAGCCACUACCAGUACGGACCGGACACGUAUCUGCUUCAGCUGCGUGAUACUACCUUCCCGUGCCGUCUGCGCGAGUACAUGAAGAUCGCGAAGCACCGAUCACCGAGCCUGGUGUCGGAUUCGAACUACGAUGGUAGUCUGCCCAUUAUUCGCGAGCGUCGUCGCUUUACGGACGUGAUGGACGAAGAAAUCGACGACGAGCGUCGCAGCCGCAUCACACGCUAUGGUACGGAUGACAGCUUCACCGUAUCACGCCGCAUCCGUAACGAGGUCGGUACGCGUCUUGGUUCGUACGCGGAAGCGGAAGCAUUGAUUGAGUGCAAGCGGGAGGGACAGGCACCGUUCUUCCGCGAGAAGCCACAAACCAUCUCGAUCCGCGAGGGUGAACCGAACCAGAUCAUCUGCUAUGCCGUCGGUGAUCCGAAACCGUCGGUGACCUGGUUCCGCAACGACAUGGUCAUCACCGAUACGAACCGCAUCAAGGUGUUGGACGAUGUGGACGGCCGAUCGGUGAUCCAGUUCCAUCCGGCCACGCACAACGAUAUCGGUGUGUAUAAGGCGGUCGCAAGCAACCGCAUCGCGAAGACGGUUGCCCGGUGCCGGGUGGUGAUCGCUGUUAUUCCGGACGCACCGGACGCACCGGAUGCGGUCGCCGUGAGCGACACGGAGGUGCUGCUGCGCUGGAAGCAACCGCGCAGCGACGGUAACUCGCAGGUUAUCUGCUACAGUCUCGAGCAGAAGGAGCACGGCAAGGUCGACUGGGUGGACGUGGCGUGCAACAUCGAUCACGAGUUCUUCCUGGUGCAUGAUUUGCGCCCGAACGUUUCCUACCAGUUCCGGCUAGCCGCGUACAACCGUAUCGGCUGGAGCGACCGUGGCCUACCGACGAAGAACAUUACCACGCUGGACCCGGGCGCGCCCAAGAUUCAGAUCACGCGCGCCAUGAAGCAUCUGCAGCAGCUGACGGAAUCGGGCCAGCAGGUCGGUCCGGAGGAGCGCACCGGCCGGCUGGACUACAGCUACGAAAAGACACCGCUCAAGUGGAGCAUCGAGGGUAACUACAACGAGAAGUACACCUUCAUGUCGGAGAUGUCGCGCGGCCGGUACUCGAUUGUGGUGAAGGGUCUGGAGAAGGCAACCGACAAGAUAGUGGUGGCGAAGAUAUUCGAGCUGGGCGAUGAGCGUGCGGCCGAGGCGGUGGAGCGCGAGUUUGACGUGCUGCGCACACUGCGCCACGAACGCAUCGCUGCCCUGUUGGCGGCAUUCCGUCCGAAGAACACCUCCAUCGCGGCGCUGGUCAUGGAGAAGCUGCAGGGUGCAGAUGUGCUCACCUAUCUGAGCAGCCGGUCGGAGUACAGUGAGCAGAUAGUGGCCACCAUCGUCAACCAGGUGCUGGAUGGUUUGCAGUAUCUGCACUGGCGCGGUAUCUGCCAUCUGGAUCUGCAGCCCGACAACAUUGUAAUGGCGUCGGUGCGCCAGGUUAACAUCAAGCUGGUAGACUUCGGUUCUGCGCAGUACGUGUCUAAGCUCGGCACUAAUGUUUCCCGGUCGGGAUGGUUGGACUUUAUGCCACCGGAAAUCCUGAACGAUGAGCCGGCACUGCCGCAAACCGACAUCUGGACGGUCGGUUGUUUGACGUAUCUGUUCCUGUCCGCCACCAGCCCAUUCCGUGGCCAGGAUGAGGCAGAAACCCGCGCCAACAUAAGCUUCGUGCGCUACCGGUUCGAAAACCUGUACAAGGAGGUUACCGCCGAGGCGACCCGCUUCUUGAUGCUGAUCUUCAAGCGUGCACCAAACAAGCGCCCAACGGUCGAGGAAUGUUUCGAUCAUCGCUGGUUGGUCCACACCGAUUUCAUGACGAAGAAGCGCGAGCGUGCCAUCUUCCCAGGCAACCGCUUGAAGCAAAUUUCCGAAGAAUAUCACACGAUGAAAACGAACGAAGCCACCAAGUCGGAGACGAUCUCCAACUUUGGCGGCCAAUCCCCACGUCAGCUGUUGCGAUCCAACAGCAUCCAGGAGGAGCUGCUGACCACGUUCUAAAGCCGUUGUUGCUGCAAACCUAUUUCUCCUACCUUUCAUCGUAGUGUGUUCCGUUUUCAAGCGUUAUUUAUUUGCUUUGCUUGCGCGCCUCUGUCUGUUCGCGCCCCACACAACGACACUGUCCUUCGCCUUCUGUUUUGUUUGCUAUUUCUUUCGACUGUAAAUGGCACUGAUGGCGAGAUGGAUUUUUGUGUCGUUUUGUCGUUUUAAACCCAUGCUUAACCCCAACCGUUGCCACCAUUGUCAAAUUUAUUCGCUAUUUGAUAUUGUUGUGCGUUUGGUGGGCUGUUUGUUCAUUAGUAGCGUUUCGUGCGUCGAGUUAUCGUUUUUCUAUCCAUUUUGUUUGCUCGCAAACUGAAAAAGAGUACUUAUAAACGAAGCCAUACGAUAUAAAACAAAAACAUUAAAAAAUAGUGUUUAAAACACUUAAUCAAAAACAUAAUAUAAUGCAGCAUACGCAACGAUUUAACAAAUCCUGUUCUUUAUAUACAAUCGUAACACGUUUUUAUACGCGCGACACACAGUUUGCCAGGUAUGUGAUGGGAGCUGGGCUUAUGGAUACGCGUACCCCCGGGGGAUCUUUUUUUAUAUGACUUUUUUAACCGCAAAACAAACACCACUGUUAUACACAUCCCUAAGAAAAACCGGGCGUUCGUCGUUCCACCCAGCGCAGUGCGCGCGGUACGUUAACUCUCUAGUUGUUUAGGAACAUUUCGAGAACGGCACAGGCUGGUCUUUUCUUGUCGGAAUCCGCACUCGCUGCGAGCAGGUGCCGGAAAAAGAGUGUAACUUAUUUAUUUGUACAUUGUAUAUUUACUAUUAUUGCUUAGUGAUACAAAAUUACGUUUGCUUCCUAGUCCCAUAAACGUACAGAUGGAUUCGAAAAGGGGUUUUACUUUUGAUAUAUUAAUUUGCACAAAUUCUGAUCUUCGAUCAUAACCUUUCCGGAGAAAUAAAAUUGUUUUUCUUUAUGUUUCUGUUCAA